AUGCCGACCACAGCCCCGAGCUCAAUCCCAUCUCUAUCUCUUCCGACGUGCUCCAAUGCCACAACCGCAGCAACCUCUAUAUCAGAGCUUUCUCUAAACGACACUUACACACCACGAUACAUAGACGUAGGAAUCAACCUCACAUCCCCAGUGUUCCGUGGGAGUGACAACGGCAAACAGUACCACGAAGAUGAUCUGGAAGACGUACUCCAGAGGGCCAAAGACGCCGGCUGCCAAAAGCUGAUGGUUACAGGCUCCUGUUACGAUGAGAGCAAGAGCGGAUACGAGCUCGCUCAGCAACAUCCCGGCCUAAUCUACAGCACCGUGGGCGUCCACCCCUGCAGCGUCAGGCGGAUCGAGUCCCACCCCUCCGGCCCAGAAACCUACCUCUCCUCCCUCCGCACCUUAGCCCAAGAAGGCGCAUCAUCUGGGUACGUAGCCGCCUUUGGUGAGAUCGGUCUCGACUACGACCGCCUCUACCACGCAUCCAAGGAGGACCAAAAGAAGUAUUUCGCCCUGCAGCUCGAUCUAGCAGAGGAAAUUGGACUGCCUCUGUUUCUGCAUUCCCGUGCCGCGGCAGCGGACUUUGAGGAUAUACUGUUCCCAAGAUUACCCAGACUGAAGGGCGGCCUCGUGCAUAGCUUUACCGGAACGGUGGAUGAGAUGCGUAGGCUUGUUACUGCGGGAUUAUACGUUGGUGUUAAUGGGUGUAGUUUGAAGACUGAGGAGAAUUUGGAGGUUGUGAAGCAAAUUCCGUUAGAGAGGUUGAUGCUUGAGACUGAUGGACCAUGGUGCGAGAUUCGACCCUCGCACGCUUCUUACAAGUUUUUGAACAAAGAUGAAAGCCCACCAGCCCCAAGGCAGGUCCGCCGCGAUAGGUUCAAGAAAGGCUUUAUGGUUAAGGGCCGAAACGAGCCUUGCAAUAUCCCGCACGUGGCAUACAUCGUUGCGGCAGUCAAGGGGCUUCCACUGAAGGAGGUUUGCGAGGCUGCAUGGAAGAAUACCCUAGAUUUGUUUGGCAUGGACAAAACGGCAUAA